CAGUUUGUUGAGUUUGAGUCUCGGGGUGGAGAACUGAACAAUAAAGUGUUUUAUCAACACGUCCCCCGACUCGUUUGGAUCAUUUCGAGUCGAUCAAACCGGAUCAGAUCAGAUCAGAUCAGGAUCGAUGGAUUAAAAAAAGGAGCAGCUGCCGCAGAGACAUGGAGGGUGUGUGUGCGUGGCUGGUGUGUGUGUGCGUGCUGAGUGUUUGCACCGGGGCUCACAAUUCAUUGGACAGAAGUGACCAUCGGGUUUCCAACGGCAACGCAGCCUCAGAUCUGUGUGUGAUAGACCAGCAGCUCUGCAAGGAUGAGAACUCCCUGCUGAGUUUUGAGGCAAUCCGCAGCAUCCACAAACUGAUGGAUGACGACGCUGACGGGACGGUGGACAUGACGGAGACAGACGAGUUUCUCAGGGAGGAUCUGAAGUAUCACGACCCCAAAGCCAAACACAGCAGCUUCCACCGAGCCGACCUUUACAUCAGCGUGGAGGACAUGUGGAACACCUGGAAGAGCUCCGAAGUGUUUAACUGGACGGUGCAGCAGGUGGAGGACUGGCUGCGCAUCAGUGUGGAGCUUCCUCAGUACGGAGAAACCUUCAGGAAACAUCAGCUGGAUGGAAAAGCUUUGCCCAGGCUGGCGGUGAAGAACACCACCCUGAUGGUGUCCGUGCUCAAGAUUUUAGACAGGAGUCAUGCUCAGAAACUGCAGCUCAAAGCCCUGGACAUCGUCCUGUUUGGACCGCCGCCAGGCCGACAUAACCAGUGGAAGGAUCUGGUCCUGGGUCUGUCCAUCCUGAUGGCGCUGGGUGGCUGCUGGUUCGCCUAUGUCCAGACUAGGAAGUCCAGAGACGACAUGGGGAAGCUGAUGAAGGACCUGGAGGGUCUGCAGAGGGCUGAGCAGAGCCUGAUGGACCUGCAGGAGAAGCUGCAGAAGGCUCAGGAGGAGCAGCGCUGCGUUCAGGUGGAAAAGGUGAAGGUGGAGGAGAAGCUGAGGAUUGAGAUCGACUCGGCCAAACAGGAGGCCUAUCGACUCAAAGAGCUUCGAGAGGGAACCGAGAACGAGAGGAGCCGGCAGAAAUACGCAGAGGAGGAGCUGGAUCAGGUUCGUAUGGCGUUGAAGAAGGCGGAGAGAGAGCUGGAGUCGCGGGUUCACUGGACUCCACCAGAGGCUCUGCAGAAGUGGCUGCAGCUGACGCACGAGAUCGAAGUUCAAUACUACAACAUCAAGAAACAGAGUGCAGAGAGGCAGCUGCUGCAGGCCAGAGAGGGGGCAGAGAAGAUCAAGAAGAAGAGGAGCUCUCUGUUUGGGACGUUUCAUGUAGCUCACAGCUCCUCGCUGGACGACGUCGACCACAAAAUCCUCUCUGCCAAACAGGCUCUGGCCGAGGUGACUUCGGCCCUGCGGGAGAAGCUCCAUCGCUGGCAGCAGAUCGAGUCUCUGACGGGUUUCUGUGUGGUCAAUAAUCCGGGUUUAGGAGCUCUGGCUACCUCCCUCAACCUGGACCCGUCCUUCCUUGGCCUCCGACCACCGACCCCUCAGCACCUCAUCCUCUCUGAUGACCUUGACGACAUGGACGAAGACAUCCUGUCUCCAGGGACGCUGCAGUACGCAGCGUGGCAGAUGGACCGGCGAGUGAGCGACCUCUGGCCCCUGAGUGGCAUCGCAGACAGCCAGUCGCCAUGGAAACACUCUGUUCAGAGUUUGAUGCCUCCCCUGCGACAGAGGAUAACAGACCCCGCUCUGACGUUCAGCUCUCAGAGGGACAUUAUGAACCGCUCAGACUCUGACUCCUCCCUCUCUCACUCUCAUGGCGAGUCACGAAACCUGUACGGCUCCAAGCCCUUCCUCCUUUCAUCCAGGCUCUACACCCGGCAGGGUCAGAGUUCUGGGAUUAGCACCUUGGGAGGAGGCCUCGAGAAGAGCUCCAGCCUCGGGGAGCUGAGGGGCAGCCCGGCCACCGCCCUCGCCUCCUCCUGCUCCACACGCUCCCUCUGCAUCACGUCGGACGCCACCGACGGCCAACUUGUCUUCUCGUCCUCCGCCUCGUCCAGCUCAUCAGGCAGUGGUCGCGUGGCGGGCGUCCAGCUCCCGGCCAGGAGGAGCCCUAUGGAGGAGUACAAGGGUGAAGAGAGCGAGUCGUCCAGCAGCCGGAGGAGAAACGCUUUUAAUAAGAUCUUUAAGAAGAAGCAGGGACGUCACUGAACGUCUCAAAACUAAAAAUCUGCUACAGAAUCAUGAUGAGAUCUUCAUCAUGACAAACACACAGGGAACAUCCAUUUUUAACGCUUCGCACAACCAAUUUUUAUUCCUUUUUUCUGUUGAACUGAGGAAAAAUAUCAGAUUUGGACUCACUGAGUACAACGUAGAACACAAGUGAAGAACAAAAGAAGGACUGAAGAAGUAGAACUGGACUCAGGACUUCACUUUCUUUGUCUUCUGAAAGAGAAACUUUCUGAGACGUAUUCUAACUGAAAGAUCUCACCUGGUGAAUUCAGCAUCUUUUAAAUCAAGAAGUCUUCUUUCUGUCAGGGUAGAAAAUACUUCAAAGACCAGAUUUAGAGCAUCAGUAGUUCAACAAUCAUUCAUGUUCAUCAGAGAAAUAAUUGGAGUUGUAGAAGGUAGUCCUAUUUGAAGGUACGUGUUAGCUAACCAACAGCCUGGUACGAUGAUAGGUCACCGAAAGAUUCGAUAACUGAGCUGCUGUAACAACCAAAAUACAUGAAUGGUUCAGACCAAAGAACAUCAGCUGAAAGUGGAUCAUAGAUCGCUCUUGAUUCAACUUUAAGAAACAAUGAAGCUCCAAAACUGCAGAUCCUGCAAGAGUAAAAAAAAAUCUCAUUCUAAGCGGCAACCUCCGUUUCUGUGAAGCAAAGCCAAUGUGGAAGUGCCAAAAACUGCUGUUCCUUAAACGUCCACUUGAGGCUGGUUACAGAACGUGUCAACGUCCAUAAGUCCCUGUGUUAAAAUGUCUAACUUCACAGCAGAAAUAAACAUGUUUACAGCCUGGUACAAAAAAAUAAGGUUUUGGUCUCUAUAGCUAAUUUCAUCGCUCAUGACAACUGUACUGAGGGUGAAUUUUUAUAUAACUCACCUGUUCAAAUUAAAUUAAGGUUUAAAGUUUUACAUAACUAACAGCGUGGCAGCUUUGAUUGACAGGUGGCUUGUUUGAGCACCAUUCAGUCUGCCUUAGCUCCACCAAUGAUCCAACCCAUUUUUCGCCAUAAAACGUCACAACGUCCUGGAUACAACGUCCAUGUUUCAUACUGUCUAUGAGUCCAAGCAGCAGUAGAAGAAGAGAUGCUGCCUGGCUGCAGCGAUGUUAAAUAAAACACUGUAAUCUGCAGAUUUGUGGACAGCUGUUGCUGGGUUUAGUGCUUUAUUCAACGCUCCAGCCUAACGGAGACCAAAACUAGCGGUUCCAGCGUUCAGGUGCUCAUUGUCAACACGGGAGGGAAGCUUCCCUCAGACAGCCAGUAAUAAACUGGGAUCAGUUUGAUCAGAUGAUGAUCUGACAACAGGCUGCUAACAACAACAAACUAUGUACAUGGAAAUCUGAAUGAUGAUCAGUUUACAUCAUAAAUAAAUGAGUUGAUGAGGAUCCUCUGAACAAACUGUUGAACACGUGAGUUGUAGAUUGUGGGAUACUGAGGACCAAAUCAUACCACAGGUGUAGUUUGAGACAGAGUCAGGAUGCAGGUCUCUGUCUGUUAAUGCAUGUGUCAGACGCGUGAUGGGAACUCGUAUAUUAUUUUGUAUGUGCCAUAUGUAUAUAUCAGAGUGGAGUUUAUGAUUUUAUUAUCUGUUGAAAGGCUCUGUUCUUAUGAUGGUGCAGUUGGAGGUGGUUCAGCCAUCUGAUGUCAGCUGUUGGACAGAUUUUUUCACUUUUGACGUCAAGUUUAGGUCAAUUCUGUGCUUCUGAUUUUAAAUUCAUCAUUUUGUCAUUUUAGACUAUUAAUAAACCUUCCUAAGUCCCGCUUUCUUUUCUCCAAUCGCAGCUGAGCAAGCCUUAAACAACUUCCUCUUUUCCUGUAAUUAGAUAGGCUAUGUGCUAGCUUGUUUAUAAUUUAUGACAACCACAUUUUGAAGAUAGUUAAAAGAUAAACAAUCUUAAGUUAUUAAGCUACUUAGUGAGCAUUCUGCUAACAUCAGAAGUAACUAAGGCCCUAAUAAUUCAAGUAGAUAAGCUAUCUAGACAACUAGCAUUUUCUCUGUAGCAAAUAAAUAUGCCCAUUUUUAUGUUUUAACCACCUUCAAAAUUUGUCUCUUUAAAGUGAACGAGCUAACAUGUGGCAUAUCAAAGUACAGCAAAGAGUUGACUGAGGAUUGCUCGACUGUGACUGGAGUACAGAGUGAAAAGGGGCGGGAAAAAUACAUUUUAUAUCUGUUUUGUUCUGUUUAGACGAUAUUUAUUGAUAUUGGUUAAGAGUGGAGAGAUUUUUAAAAAUAUUCAGACACAAUAACUGUCCACCAUCAUCGAAGCAGAGCCUGAGGGCUUUUUAACUUAUUCUCACUGUUUGAUGUUCACCUGUAGAGGAAAUGUAAGAUUUUACUCAGAGAAAUAAAAAUAUGUCUGCACGCACAAACACACACACAAGCACGCACACCCAGUAAUACAUCAGCUGAUGUGUGUGUUUCGUCUGGGGCAGGAUGUUCAGACGGAUGUGAGCUUUUAAUCAAGUUCACUUUAUUUACUCUGAACAAAGAUGAAUGUCACGAUAUGUUUAUAUAAAGAAGAGCUGCUGUGUGAGAACUUCAUUACCCAGAAAUCCUGGCACAUGAUGCCAAUAAACUAAACAUAAGCAGAAUUCCACAUCUAAAGUCAGAAACAAAGUACUGAUGAAUGUAAACUUUUAUUUUGUUUAUGAGCACUAGUGAUCGUUAAAAGUUCUUCUCUGGUGGAGGUCUUCGAUUAGUUCUGAGUUGAACUUUACUGACUGUUGGUGUUUCAGAUCUUUGUCCAGCUGCUGGAAACUUGUUCUUAAAUUGUGUCAUUCACGCUCUCGGUUCAAUAAAUCGUGCUCUUGUAUUUAAAUUAUUAACCGCUGCUGUCAUGUCAUUAGUUUGUUUGGUGCUCUUGACUGAAUUUGUGCUGUCAAGUUAAUACAUCGUGCUUUAGAGUGACGUAUGAGGAGUCAUUUAACAAAAAAAAACAGAUCAAAUCAAUCUUAAAAUGAAUAAACAAACACAUUUGAUUGAUCACAACGAAAACAUUAUUCAAUGUAAAUGUGCAAGAUAUCACACAGUUGAUCGGCGAUGCAUUCAAUGACCUGUCAGCUGCAGAGAAAGAGGCAGAUGAUUAACCAUCAGGUGGCAGUACAGAACCAAACAACAGCAGAGUGAGCAAACGCUUCAUUUUGGUUUGUUAAGGGUCAAAUUCAGCUGUUUUGUACAUUAAAAGUAUCGAUAAUAUGACAAUUCUACCUUAAUCUGACUGUCAGUCAGCAGGUCUCAUUCUCGUUGUUUAAAAAAUUUAUGUUCAGAACUAAAAAAGGUUUUUAAAGUGAAGGAUGUUUCUUCUACAAACAUAUUUGGUGCAGUUUAAUGUGAAUAAAGAAAUUAACAUAAAAAUAGAA